AUGAGGCAAUUUCUUGAAUUUGUCACUGCUUGUCCUCGUCUUCCACACGGAGGUCUAGCAGCCGCAGAGAUCGCCGUGGUGCCAGCGCAGCCAAAGGGCAGCUUGCCACGUGCUCACACUUGCACCAAUGAGUUGCAGCUUCCGAGCUACGACUCGCUGGAGGAGCUCUCUGCCAAACUCCGUGAAGCCAUGGACAACGCUCGAGGCAUGUACGAGUGA